CUCUUUUUUGUUGAUUUUCUUCAGAAAAGACUCUUGUUUCGUCAAUUGUAGAUUGCAAACAUGUUAUCUAGAACUGCUGUCAGAGCCCCACGCUCUAUCCGUGGGUUGGCCACUGCUGGCUUGACCAGAGACUCCCAAGUGAACCAGAACUUGUUGGAAUCUCACUCUUUCAUCCAAUACAAGAAGCAACUCGAGAACCUCGACAUCGUCAAGGCCAGAUUGAACAGACCUUUGACUUAUGCCGAAAAGCUUCUCUACGGUCACUUGGACGACCCUCACGGACAAGACAUCCAGAGAGGUGUCUCCUACUUGAAGUUGAGACCAGAUCGUGUCGCUUGUCAAGAUGCCACCGCUCAAAUGGCCAUUUUGCAAUUCAUGUCUGCCGGUUUGCCUCAAGUUGCCACUCCUUCCACUGUCCACUGUGACCAUUUGAUCCAGGCCCAAAUUGGUGGUGCUAAGGAUUUGGCCAGAGCUAUUGACUUGAACAAGGAAGUGUACGACUUCUUGUCGACUGCCUGUGCCAAAUACAACUUGGGUUUCUGGAAGCCCGGUUCCGGUAUCAUCCAUCAGAUCGUAUUGGAAAACUACGCCUUCCCAGGUGCUUUGUUGAUCGGUACCGAUUCGCACACUCCUAAUGCUGGUGGUUUGGGUCAAUUGGCUAUUGGUGUAGGUGGUGCUGAUGCCGUCGACGUCAUGGCCGACUUGGCCUGGGAAUUGAAGGCUCCAAAGAUCAUUGGUGUCAAGUUGACCGGUAGAAUGUCCGGCUGGACCUCGCCAAAGGAUAUCAUCUUGAAGUUGGCUGGUAUCACCACUGUCAAGGGUGGUACCGGUUCCAUUGUUGAAUACUUCGGUUCUGGUGUUGAAACCUUCUCCUGUACCGGUAUGGGUACCAUCUGUAACAUGGGUGCCGAAAUUGGUGCUACCACCUCUGUCUUCCCAUUCAACAACUCCAUGGUUGACUAUUUGAAUGCCACUGGUAGAUCCAACAUUGCCGAGUUUGCCAACUUGUACAAGAAGGACUACUUGUCUGCCGACGAAGGCUGUGAAUACGACCAAGUCAUUGAAAUCGACUUGAACACCUUGGAACCACACAUUAACGGUCCUUUCACCCCAGAUUUGGCUACUCCAGUCUCCAAGAUGAAGGAAACUGCCAUCAAGAACGGCUGGCCAUUGGAAGUCAAGGUUGGUUUGAUUGGUUCUUGUACCAACUCUUCUUACGAAGAUAUGACCAGAGCUGCUUCUAUUAUUGAAGACGCUGCCACCCAUGGCUUGAAGUCCAAGGCUAUCUACACUGUUUCUCCUGGUUCUGAACAAGUCAGAGCCACCAUUGCCAGAGACGGUCAAUUGAAGACCUUCGAAGACUUUGGCGGUGUUGUCAUGGCCAACGCCUGUGGUCCAUGUAUCGGUCAAUGGGACAGACAAGACAUUAAGAAGGGUGACAAGAACACCAUUGUGUCUUCUUUCAACAGAAAUUUCACUGCUAGAAACGACGGUAAUCCAGCCACUCACGCUUUCGUCGCUUCUCCAGAAAUGACCACUGCUUUCGCCAUCUCCGGUGACUUGGGUUUCAACCCAAUUACCGACACCUUGAAGGACGCUAACGGAAACGAGUUCAAGUUGAAGGAACCAGUUGGUGUUGGUUUACCAGUUAACGGCUACGACCCUGGUGAAAACACCUACCAAGCUCCACCUGAAGACAGAUCAACAGUCCAAGUGCAAAUUGCCCCAACCUCCGACAGAUUACAAAAGUUGACUCCUUUCAAGCCAUGGGACGGUAAGGAUGCCGAAAGAUUACCAAUCUUAAUCAAGGCCGUUGGUAAGACCACAACCGAUCAUAUUUCUAUGGCCGGUCCAUGGUUGAAGUACCGUGGUCACUUGGAAAACAUCUCCAACAACUACAUGAUUGGUGCUAUCAACGCUGAAAACGGUGAAGCCAACAACGUCAAGAACCACUACACUGGUGUAUACUCUGGUGUUCCAGACACUGGUGCUGCUUACAGAGAUGCUGGCCACAAGUGGGUUGUUAUUGGUGACGAAAACUUCGGUGAAGGUUCUUCCAGAGAACACGCUGCCUUGGAACCAAGAUUCUUGGGUGGUUUCGCUAUCAUCACCAAGUCCUUCGCUCGUAUUCACGAAACCAACUUGAAGAAGCAAGGUUUGUUACCAUUGAACUUCACUGACGUUGCUGCCUACGACAAAAUCCAACCAGAAGACGAAGUAGACUUGCUCGGUUUGACUGAAUUGGCCCCUGGCAAGAACGUUAUUCUCAGAGUCCACCCAGCUGACGGUUCUGCCACCUGGGAAACCGAAUUGUCUCACACUUACAACAUUGAACAAAUUGAAUGGUUCAAGUACGGUUCCGCUUUGAACAAGAUGGCUGCCGUUGCUGCUGAAAAGAAGUAAGUGAUGUCUUGAGAGGAAAUAGUUAAGUAUCAUUUCUUUUUGUUUACCUAUUAACAUUCAUUCGUAUUUAUUUAUUCAUUAUUAUAAUAUGUACUUUGUUUAAAUGACGAGCAUUGAUC